GAGCCGAGCGUGCGAAAACACAAACAAAACAGUAAGUAAUCGUGGGAACACUUUCGUACUCAGUCUCAGUUUAGAGUUUCGAGACAAUGUCGGUUCUUGCGUUACUUUCUUUGCUUCUAUUGUGCGCCGCUCAUCCGCGACAGAAUUUCCGAUGUCUUUAUUACAAAGGCGAAUGUGUACCCCACUGUCCACGCAACAUGCACCCGUAUCAUACGCGCUGCGAUCAAGAUGCAGUGUCGCAGCGCACUUGCACUUCCAGAUAUGUCUAUCCAAUAGGGUUCACAUGCGGCUGGUCACGCUGCGACUGCAACGCUGAUCUUCUUCUGGACGAGGAGCUCAUGCGCUGCGUGAAGGAAGAAGAGUGCCCAGAGCCGGGCCUGCGCCGGCGCAAGUCCCGGCGUCGGCUGCACCUGCCCGACGGCACGGACAGCGAGGAAAUGGUUAAGUAUGGCUGAUGAU